GUCUUAGCAACAGGAGGGGAGACCCUUGGUUACCGGCCCAGGAUGCAGCGCGGCUCCCUGGUUACCGGCCCAGGAUGCAGCGCGGUUUCCACCAAUGAAGGGGAGGAAGAUGGUGGCGAGCUUACAGGAAACCAUGGAGAAGGAUCAACGAAAUAUAAUAGUUUUCAAUGCAUCAAAAAAAGAACUCUUUACCGUCAGUAGUGGUUACAAGUCAUUGCAGAAGAAACUUCGAACCAACUGGAAGAUACAAAGUUUUAAAGAUGAAAUCACGGAAGAAAAACUGAUAGGUGUGAAACUGUGGAUCACAGCAGGACCCAGAGAAAAAUUCACUGCUGCUGAAGUAAGAAAGAACAUUAAUUCUGUAAAUGGAGUUUGCAGGUAUUUGACAAUUUAUGAUCGAUGUUAUGAUCUCCAUGGGUGA